AUAUACCCGGAGUACUGAGAAGGCCAGUGCCCUCUAUUCUCUUCACUAAAGUAGAGUGAUCCUUGCACUUUUCUAGUUUUCUUUGUAUUCAGAAGCUCAACAAACUAUGUCUAUGGUGGAGGUUAGAGUUCCUAACCUUGACUGUGAGGGAUGUGCUUGUAAGUUAAAGAAAGCUCUCUUCAAGCUCAAAGGUGUAGAAGAGGUGGAAAUAGAAAUGGAGACACAGAAGAUAACAGUGAGAGGCUAUGCCUUGGAGGAGAAGAAGGUGCUCAAAGCAAUCAAGCGAGCUGGAAAAGCAGCGGAGCCAUGGCCAUUUCCUGGAUACUCUCAUUUUGCCUCAUUUUACAAGUACCCAACUUACAUUGUCAACCAUUAUUACGACACCCACACAAAUGGAGCCUCCUCGGGCGUCCACACUUUCUUCCAUACACCUGCUGUUUAUUCAGUCGCCGUGGCAUCCGAUGAGGCCAUUGCUUCACUCUUCAGCGAUGACAACCCGCAUGCUUGCACAAUCAUGUGAACAUGCAUUUUUUUUUUUUCCCUACUUUGGGCUUUUCACAAAUUCAUGCUUUUUCUUUCGGAGAAAAUAAUGCUUUAUUCCUUUAAUUUGUCACUCAUUUUGCUGCAUGAUUUUCAAAUUAUUAAACAUGUCACUUAGUCGUCUAAUUUGAUAUACAAGUUGCAAUUUUCCUUUUUUUUUACUGUUAAUAUGGAUGUAGAUUAGCUAGAUUGUAUGACGCUUGGUUUAAUUUUCGCGGUUUAAUUUUGAUAGAGGAUAUAUAAAAGUUGCAACUUACAUCUUAGGGGAUUAAGUGACUAUUUUGAUAAUUUGUAAAUGUAUGACAAAUGGAUCGGUUAUCCAAGGGAAUAAAGUUUGUUUUCACUUAUUUUGGGAGAAUGAAAGGUCUGAUAUAUGUCUUUAUUUGGCCGGUU